GCGAUUAAAAUUAUGCUCGUGUAUAGAGGAACAUAAAGCAACUUCUGUGUCUGUUAAUUUAUCAUCAUGUUGAUCUUUAAUCUGUUACUUUCAAUACUGAUUUACAAGACACUUGGUGCAAAGAAAGAAUAUAUUCUCGACACUCCCAUGUGUAAGAUUCCGAAAUUAGAUCCAUUGAGCGAAGAAGUCAAAAUAUUUAUCCAUUCACAGUCAUACUUAAGCUGCAGCAAAUCUCGUCUAUUAACUGUUAUAAAGAAGAACAAUUCUGAGUCCGCUACAUUACACAUUAGGAAUGAAAUGAAACUCCACUAUGGUUCCAACUUUACCUGUUGCUAUUCUUACGUAACAAGAAACGGAUCUGAAGACGAACCCGAUGUUGGAAUCGAAAUAUCAUCAUGUGAGCCAUUCAACAACGAUGUACUCCUGACCCACGACAUUGUCAAAGUCCGGUGCAUUAAAAAAACAGGCAAGACUUCCAAAAUGGUUUACGAAAACGUCCACAACCCCAUCAUUUUAAAAGAAUCCGUCAAAGACAAAAUGGAAACCACAAAAUCGUCUACACCUCUGAGUGUCUUAAUUGUUGUCAUAGAUUCCAUGUCCAGACUCAAUUUCAUUCGCUCUAUGAAACAAACUUACACUUAUCUUCGUCAAAACAAGUUCGUCGAAAUGAAAGGUUACACUAAAAUUAACGAUAACACCUUGCCAAAUUUCAUGGCUCUUCUUACUGGUUUUGACUCAUCCACAACUGAGACUAUAUGUAAACCCCAAACUGUUGGUGGUUUGGAUGAAUGUCCCAUGAUUUGGUACGACUACGGUAAGGCAGGUUAUAUCACAGCCUACGCUGAAGACAUGACUGAUAUUACAACUUUUAACUACCUUUCUAAAGGUUUUGUAAAUCCGCCUACGGAUUACUAUUUCAAGCCUUACAUGGAAGCUACGGAAACCCUCACGAUUCGACACCUUAAUGAAAUGCCAUACUGCACAGGUCCGGAAUCGCAAGGUGAACGCAUUUUAAACCUAGCUAAAGAUUUUGUCACCACUUUUAAGAACGUGCCGACCUUUGGCAUCUUUUGGAUGAAUAGUUUCAGUCACCAAAGCGUAAACGCACCUCGUGGAAUGGACAACAAAGUAAAGAAUUUUUUUGUCAACUUAAAGAAGAAAGGGGUAUUCAACGAAAGUAUAGUUAUUAUGUUGAGUGACCACGGAGUGAGAUUUGGCAAAAUUAGAACAAGCAACAGUGGCUGGUACGAAGAACGAAUGCCGAUUAAUAUGAUUUCAGUACCAGGAACGUUUCAAGAGAAGUUUCCGCUCGAGUACUGGAACCUUGUGGAAAAUUCGAACAAGUUGACGAGCACUUACGAUUUAUUUUUAACUUUAGAACACAUUUUGGUUCUAUCGGGGAAAACAAAUAAAAGUAGAGAAAUUUCGUCCUGUCCGAAUUGCUCAUCACUUUUCAGCAGCAUUCCGAAGGAUAGAACUUGUAUGGAUGCGGGAAUACCACCGGAGUGGUGCACUUGCAUGGGACAUUUUCGUAAUAUUAAAAAAGAUCAUCCAUAUGUAAAAAAUGCGACGGAUUUAGCAUUGGACAUGAUACGUGUUACCAGUGCUCAAGACCCGUUUGCUGAAUUCAGACCUAAAUUAGGUCAAGUUUUGACAGCUAGUACUUCUGAGUCUACGUUAUUGAACAAAACAGAAAAAACAUUAUUUGUUACUUUUCACACAAAACCAAAGUCGGUCAUUUUUCUGGUAACUGUCAUUUUCAACGAUUUUGUUACAAGUAACUCCUCGGUGUACGUAAGCAGAAUUGAUAAUGGCCGUUUACGUGACACUAUGUUCGAACAAUAAAAUAUAUCACUGUACUAGGUAUAGUUAUAGUUGUAGUUGUUUUUGAGAAAAUAUA